CACAAGAUGUCCGACGGGAAUUGCCAAAACGACGUUUUAGAACCGCCUUCCGCGAAGAAAAUUAAAUCUAGCAAUGAAAACGAUGUAAACGGGAAUAGUAAUAACUUAGAAUUGAAAGACUUCGUAGUAGAGAAGAUUCUUAACAACAAUACGAAUAGGAAAACUGUUUGUGUGAAGGGGAAUUUCAAGGACAAGAGUGGGGUUGCAUUAGUGAUUCUAGAGAAAAAUGCUUUCAAGGAAGAGGAAUUGGACAACGACGGAUAUUUUUCCGUAGACAGCCAGCUGCGUACGUUCUUUGAGAACGAUAUUUACGGAAACUUCGAGUGUUAUCCCAAGGCGUCUUUGAACGGUGUGAAGACAACCAUUAUAUAUCCCGCCACCGAGAAGCAUAUUGCGAAGUUCAGCCAGCAAGAAGUACACAUUGUGCUUGAGACACCGGAGUUGUACGACAAACUAACGCUGCCACAUUUGGAGAAGGAGCAGUUUAAUUUACAGUGGGUCUACAACAUACUAGAAGGCAAAAGUGAAGCGGACAGGAUCGUUUACGACAAUAAGUGCGAAAAAGAAGGGUUUGUGUUGCUCCCAGACCUGAAGUGGGACGGACUGACGAAGGAAACCCUGUAUUUGCUGGCGAUAGUACGGCAGAAAGGCAUCAAGUCUAUAAGAGACUUGGACGAUAGUCAUUUACCACUACUGAAGAGAAUCAGGGACGAAGGAAAAAAAGCAAUUCUGCAGAAGUACAACGUAAAAGGCAGCCAGCUACGUAUCUACCUGCACUACCAACCAUCCUUCUACCAUCUUCACAUCCACUUCACGUAUUUGCGCCACGAGGCGCCGGGCAUUCAUGCCGAGAAGUCGCAUCUCCUCGACACUGUCAUCGACAAUAUCGAAAUGAUGCCCUCCUACUACAAGAAAGUCACUCUACCCUUCACCAUUCGAGAAAUGGAUAACCUCUUCAAAGUCUACGAAACUAACGGACAUGUACAGAGAAUUGAGAAUAUUGAACUAAUCGAUAAAUAAAAUAUUUUUGUAUUGUAAGUGAAAAUGUUGAUUAAAAGCGUUUUUAUGGAGCUGCGCUCUAGGUUGCGAAGUUGCAACGUUUAUAUUACUAUGGGGGUUGAUUUUAAGAAAAAUUGCAACCUGAAAAUUAGCAUACAAUCCAACUGUAUUGUAUUGAAUUAUUAUGAUGAUUCUAAGAGACGAGAUAGUUUGUCGUCUAUAGAAAGCCUAUCGGAUUGUUACUCCGAUGAUGAUGAAGUCACGGCGGUUAUACCAAUACAAGAAUUCUGCCAAAUUAUACCAAAUUCCAUGUCCUGUCUCAAAAUAGAUAAGAAUAAUAUAUCUUUUCGAAUCCUAACCGAGCCUAAAAAUGGCGGGAAUUUUUACAAUGAAGUCUUAACGAGUAAUAAUGUGGAAACCAAUUUGAAAACACAAGAAUUAAAAGUUAAUUUCGAAUCCAAAGAUGAGGUAAAGAUUCUCUGCAGCAACUGUUGCAAUGUCAUAUCGGAUAAUGUGAUCAAAUUUGAUAGAAUUUUGGAGUUGCCUUCAACAAAUAUUGAUAUGUCCGAGUGGUUUUGCCAUGGACAUUGUCACGGAGGAGAACCUACAGAAAUAGCUAUGAAACCAAACAAAAAUGAUUUCCUACACAGACUGACCUUUUUCAUAAUAAACAACAAACUUUUAUCAGAAAAAACUAAUAAGUUUAAUGCUAAAAGAGAAGUAUAUCAUUGCAAUAGAUGCUUGGCAUGGUUGGGCCUCAAAAUUAAAGAUACAGUCAAACUGUUCAAUUCGGAAUUAAAAUUAGAUCGCAAUGGAAAUGAAACGUCAGUGUUCUCCCACAAAUCACCGCAUUCCAGUACGUCAGAUUUUAUAAUCACAAUAGAAAAAAUGGCCAAAGAAUUCAAUCUAGGACUCCAAUUCACCAUCAUGUGCAAACUCGUAUUAGAGUGCACAAUAUCAGCGAACAAAAAGCAAUAUAUCCUAAUUUGGAUUAUGGACAAGGAGUUGCAAGUUAUUAGGAAUAGCGGGGAGUACAUUCAAGGAGACAAAAUAGAUUUACAGUCAAGCUUGUUGACGAAGAUUCUGUAUAAAGUGGAGAUGUGUUUGAAUGAUGAAGUUGAAAGUUGGCUGGCCGACCCUUCGGUGACAUCCACUGAGGUUUCCAAGAGCAUGUUUUGUCAUGGGAUCGAACAUUUGGAGCGAAUGUCGUUGAAAGUGCCGGAAUGGUUCCGAAACGCUAAUGGAUAUUGUGUCAGCUAUCUGAAUGUUUAGUUAAAUAAAUUGCAGCAUUUGA